CGGUGUGCCGCCUCGGAAAUAGUUUUCUCUGGAAAAAAAAGGCGGAUCCCUCGUCUGACGCCUGUCUUUGAAACUUUCUUUUAAACAAUAAAGCAGCGUGUGCGCGUUUGUCCACUGCGAGCGUGCUGCUGCCGGCUCAUUUUGAAAUAUAUACGUCAUUUUAAUUCUGUCAGCGCAUUGCAGCGGUGUGGGUCGCGCGCUACUUCGCGACGCCGGUGGUGGUAGCGCGUUAGCGAGCGCGACGGGAGGCGCACGCGACAGAAGUUCACAGUCCGGUGAGCUCGUCGUUCAGGCUGUUCCGUUAUUUCAGUGUUUUGGCCGAAGAGACGCGGCGCUGCGCAGUCCACGGUGACGGUGGGUGAGAGAGCGGGCCAGAGAAAAUGGGCGACAAGGAACUGAUGUGGGCGCUGAAGAACGGAGAUCUGGACGAGGUGAAGAACCUGCUUGUGAAGGAUGAGGAUGUGAACAGGACCCUGGAAGGUGGCCGCAAACCACUGCACUACGCCGCUGACUGUGGCCAGGCAGAUGUGCUGGAGUUUCUCCUCUCCAAGGGUGCAGAUGUAAAUGCUCAUGAUAAGCACGGCAUCACGCCUCUCUUGUCAGCAACCUAUGAGGGCCACCUGGCCUGCGUCCGGAUCCUUCUAGAAAAGGGAGCAGACAAGACCCGGAAAGGUCCAGAUGGCCGGUGUGCCUUCGAAGCAGCAGAGAGCGAUGAUAUCAAGGCCCUUCUCAAGUGAGGGGAACAAACCAACCAACUAACGGACGGACGCACUGAUCCCCGACAGACAAGAUGGAUAGAAUCCCUCCUCCCACCCUUUGUCUUUCCCCUGCUUUGCCUGGUUGUGGGUUUUGUUUGUUGGAUUUUGAUUCACAAUUUUAUUUUAACUUUUGAGUCCCCCCUUCUGUCCCUGCUUCCUUUACUGUAGUAAUUUAGCUAUGUGACAAAACCCAUACGUUAUCUCUCCUAUAAGGACCAAUCGUUGAGGGACUACACCCUAUGCCAGGACCUUGAAUACCGUGGUAUACAUGGACUCAUACAUAGACUCUAGUAAAGCAAGUUAGCUCUUAUGCAUCUGCUGGCUUUUCUAAUCCUGUGAUCAACCUUCUAUAUUGAGAGAAGGAAGGUCAGACAAUUAUUUUUUGUUGUUUUUUUUUUUUUUUAAGUACUGUAGAGCCGUUUUGUCAUAGUUAUGAUGAUAAAGUCAACAACAUUAAUUAGGCUAAAUAGUUUAAUAGUUGAAAAGAAGCUUGACAAGCUGAUACAUGUGGCUCAUGCUGUCCCUGCUCUGGUGCCUGUACUCUGGAGCCAAACUGGGAUUCUGGAGGUUUUUGACGGGGUGGUUUGAGCCCCUCUGUCACCAUUCCCCACAGUCUUUCACCCACCACUUAAACACUCUUGCUGCAGUUUGACAGAUUCGACAGCUUACUAGUGCAAUCCGGCCACAGUCUCUCCUAGUUUCCUGUUUUUCUCUACAGUUUUGAAGUGCAUUAAUUAAUUACACAUUUCUCUGAUGUUGCGAUAAAUAUGAAAAAUCAGCAGUGUUGAUGAAGUUUGAGUUGUGGGUUUCUCUUUGGUAGUAGGAACAUUUUUGUCAUCAGAAGAGCCAUUCUGUUUCAACACCUUUGUUUUUCUGCCAUGUUUCAAAGAGAUGGUGAAAGGGUUGACAUGGAAGGACUCACUAGGAGGGUUGUGCUGCAUUUGAUGUGUCUGUUGAUUUAAAGUAGCUCUUCCUCUGUCAGGUUCUUCACCCAGGGUUUGAUUAGCUUACCUUGCUGGUCCUGCUGCAUGUCAGGGCUGCUUCUGCUUUUAGGCUGUUUAAAACGGUUGCUCUUCUCAGUCGCUUUCAAGACAGAAAACGAAAAAGAAAAAAACAGAAGGAACGAUAAAAUCCAAAGAUGCAAAUGGCAUCAUGCUUUAUAUCUUGCAUCCUUGUGAAAAACAAACCUUAAUAAAAAACAGAACUGAAA